GUGCCAUCUUACGAUCCCUCAUUCUAUGGCCCCUCUUCCGGGCUGGACGCUUGUGAUGUGAUACACGUCUCUCAUUGAGAACAGUGCCGGCUCUGGAACGGAGGCCGCUAGGACGUUGAAAACGCUUCAACGAGCUCUUCAGUGCGGCGUGAUUAUACCUCCACCGAUUCAGCCAUGAGUGUGACGCAAAAAGUUGCCGAGUGGUUAAAGUGGGACAAGAAUGAAACCAGUCGGAAGCAAAUCGAACAUCUCCAGCAGAUCGGGGACACCGGUCAGCUCCAAAGGCUACUGCUUACAAGGUUGCAGUUUGGAACUGCAGGACUGCGGGGAGUCAUGGGCCCUGGCUAUGCUGCCAUGAAUGACUUGGUCAUCAUUCAGACUUCACAAGGCGUCGCAAAGUACGUGGAGGCCACACUCCCUGAAGCGAAACAAAAGGGAGUCGCCGUCAGCUUCGAUGGUCGCUACAACAGUCACAGGUUUGCCCAGCUGGUUGCAGUGGCAUUCCUGCAGCUGAACAUUCCAGUACGCCUGUUCAGCAAAGUGACACCAACGCCUUUCAUCCCUUUCACUGUCUUGCAUCUGGGCUCCUCAGCUGGCGUAAUGGUCACAGCAUCCCACAACCCGAAGGAUGACAAUGGCUACAAGGUCUACUGGAACAAUGGCACUCAGGUAAUCGCACCCCAUGACAGUGGAAUUCAGGCCAGUAUCGAAAAGAACCUGGAACCCUGGCCAAAAGCUUGGGACAUUGAUCAAAUUAAGACAAACCCGCUGUGUACAGACCCAUUGGAAGAAGCCAGCAAGAAGUACUUUGACAUCAUAGCGUCUAACAUUUAUGACAGGUCCCUAAACGAGAACUGUGGCCUGACCUUCACGUUUACAUCAAUGCAUGGUGUGGGUCACCCAUACAUGGUUAAAGCAUUUGAAGCAUGCGGUUUCAAGCACUACGUUUCAGUCAAGGAACAAAUGGACCCUGACCCUGAAUUUCCCACAGUCAAGUUCCCAAACCCUGAAGAAGGAAAGAGCUCCUUGGAUCUUUCUUUUCUUACUGCUGAAAAAGCAAACAGCCGGGUGAUCUUGGCCAAUGACCCCGAUGCAGACAGGCUAGCAGUUGCAGAAAAACAGUCCAGUGGGGAGUGGAAAGUGUUCACAGGCAAUGAAAUUGGAGGCCUGCUUGGCUGGUGGCUGUGGCGAUGCUACAGAAUAAAGAACCCCAACACUCCUGCGGAAAAUGUUUACAUGAUCUCCAGCACUGUGUCCUCAAAGAUCCUAUCUUCUAUAGCUGCGAAGGAAGGCUUCAAAUUUGUUGAAACACUCACUGGCUUCAAGUGGAUGGGCAACAAGACAUGUGAACUGAUGAAGGCGGGCAAAACUGUCUUGCUCGCUUUUGAGGAAGCCAUCGGUUACAUGUGUGGUACAGCGGUGAUUGACAAGGACGGUGUGAGUGCUGCCAUGCACGUAGCCCAGAUGGCUGCCUACCUUGAGACACAGAAACUGACACUCACAGAACAGCUGAAUGUCUUGUUUGACACCUAUGGCUAUCAUGUGUCCAAUAACUCUUAUUACAUCUGCCAUCACCAACCAACAAUUCAGAAGAUGUUCGAGCGGUUACGGAAUUACAGUGGCAAAGACACGUAUCCACGCAAGAUCGGCACGUACACCAUCAAGAACAUCAGGGACCUCACUACGGGAUAUGAUGACACGCAGCCUAACAAGAAGGCCAUACUUCCCACGAGCAAGUCCAGCCAAAUGAUCACAUUCUACUUGGACAAUGGCUGUGUCAUUACCAUUCGAACAAGUGGCACGGAGCCAAAGAUCAAAUAUUAUAGCGAGCUGUGCUUGAAACCUGGUGCUGACAGAAAGUCAUGGAAGAAGUUUGAUGAUGAACUGAGUCACAUUAUAUCUUUGAUGGUUCAGGAAUUUUACCAACCUGAGCUGAAUGGCCUGAAACCAAGGGCCGAAUAAUUAGCUGGCAACAUUGCUCUUUACCAACAUUUUAUUGGUUUUUAAUUGAGAGUUGCAAUGCAACAAAUGAAUUAAAAGAAAACGAAAGGAAUGCAGCUUAUGUUAAAUAUUCGGCUGCUAUUAAUGUGUUAUACAGUCCAGAUUUAUUUUUUAAUAUAUUACAUAGCUGUCUAUAAAUAAUGCAUUUAUCCAAAAUAAAUGUUCCUUAUUUUCAUCAAAUUUCACUCCGCUUUGAAUUAUUGCUUUUAAAAUGCUUAUAGUUAAUUCAAGUCGUACUUGGUGGCAUGCUUUCUGAAAAAGUUUUAAAGCAUUUUGACCAUGACAAACAUUUUUGUUGAAUCCUGGACAGGGUUUCUCAUCGUUGGAGUAUUAAGUGUGCUUUGUGUAGUAGGACUGACAAUUGGGCAAUUUGGUAUGUAGUCAUAAUAAUUAAGUGGCAUUACGAAGUAUGAGGAAAGGUGCGGAGGAACACACAAAACACUUGUGCAAAACUCUCAAAUGAACUUUUAUUCGCUUGCAGCACAAAAAAAUAUUUGCCUUGCAGUACGAAGAGAUAUUGUGAUGGUGAGAGGGUUAUUCUUUUAUGUUUCUUUUUGUUUGUCUGUUAUCUGUGUAUAGCAAUGGGUAGGUAUAUUAUUUUAUUCUGCACAUGUGAAUAAAAGUUCUGUUGAGAGUUCUGCA